GGCGCCCACAGGGUCCCCAGAGAGAGGAGACUUCGUCUCAAGUUUUCCCAGCCCUUCCUCGUCCCCACCACGACUGGCGUCCCAAGCUCUCUGUGGCCCUUCCAACUUUCAAAAACCGCCCCAUUCUGGACCGCCGAGGGCCCUAAGACGCUCCUCAACUGCCCUACCCCCUAAAAUCUCUUUGAUUCUUCAGCUGUCCCCCAGGCCCGCAGGACCCCUCCGAUGGCCAGGUCGUACGGCGGCCGGGUGCUGGCCGCGAUGGUCUUGUUGGGCAUCCCCGCUGCGGUGCUGGCGGCGCUGGGCGCGCAGCUGCUGUUCCAGCUGCAGGCGGGCCGCGCGGAGCUUCGAGGACCGCGAAUCGACGGGCUGGGCCCGGAGCUGGGCGCCGGCCCCCGGCUGCCGGAGGACGCGGCCGGGGCGCUGCUGCCGCUGGCAGCCGCACUCUCCGCGCUUGCCCUGGUGCUGGGCCUCACCUGCCUGCUGCUCGCCGCCCUCUGCGGCCACCUGGGCGCCGAGAUGGCGCGGGGACCGGGCUCUAACAGGUCUGACUGGUUUCUCUAUGACUGCCGCCUCCUCAGACAUGUGGCUCUCGGCCUCUUCUGUUGUGGGGCCUCCGUCUACUUGGCAGCACUGUCCAUCUACACCCUGCUGCUCUUCGAGAUCGAGACAGGUGCAGCAGCCGCCUCCAUCCUUGGCGUGGGAGCUCUAGCCCUGGUGGCAGCACUGACCCACACUCUGCUCCAGGCCGCCCGGACGACCCGCCGGGGCCUCCAUGAACUGUCCCCACCACACUCUGAAGAUGACCCUGUCCGCCCCGCUGAAGUCUCCAAGGCCGGCCCCAGGGCUCAGCCCCAGCAGGAUGAGGAAACCGAGGCCCAGAGAGGGGCAGUGACUCACCAAGGGUCCCAUGGCCAGUACUGAGCAUCAGAGCCUGGAUUCGAACUUGGGUCCUGUAACCUCCAUGCUGCUGAUAGUGCAAGUCUCAGACUCUGCGACUCCUUCUGGGCUGUGAGCAUUUGAAACCUGCAUGUGCCGAACUCAGAGCAGCCCCGGGCCACGGACGCACCUGGAGACCUGGACCCAGACUCCUGGCUGUGGGCCUGUGGCUGAGGGCUUCACCACUCUGUGUCUCAGUUUCCUGGCCUGUAAAAUGGGAACAGAAGUGGUUCCUUCUUCUAGGGCUCCUGUGAGACACUAUAUGAGUCAUUCCAGGGGCCUCUGCACAGCAGGUCCUCAAUGCUUAUCAACCUGUGCUUCUGUUAGUUGGGGUGCCUGGUGGCAAGAAAAUAUGGGUUGAUGGCUGGUUUCUGGGGUUCUUGAAACUUAUGGGGCUUGGUGGAUAACUCAGAGCCCCAGCGGUCUCCAGAGAUCCUGGCCCCAUCCCUGUCCUGCACAACCUGAAAAUAAAUUCCAUGUCAUUAUCUCCAUGUCACAUGAGCCACAACCAGACGUGCUGCAUGGCCAAGUUAGGUCCAGGAUGAAGGGUGCACUGGAAGGAUGGGGGUGGGGAGGGCAAGAGUUGGGGGACAGCGUGUACCCCUUGUAGAGCCAAGUCUGGGAUCCAUUUCCCACAAAUCUUCAUGCAUAUAAAUAUCACAGGGGGUAGGGAUGCCCUGGUUCCUGCCCCCCACUCCAAAUGGACAAAUGUCCUCAGCAAUCUCCCAGCA